AUGGAGAAUGGCGGACAGUGGUGGGUUCAUUCAUCAAGCUACAGGAAUGAAUGGUGGGACUGCGACAAGGCCCAUGGAUGGGAGCUAUUCCUUGUGUCUAUGGGCCUUAGGCUCCUAGACUGGGACGAGCCCCCGCAACCCCGCACAACACAGUGUGCACGGACUCGGGGUGAAUUAGGCUUAGAUCCCUUGUGCUGA